AUGAAAAUGGUACAAAAACUUAUGAUCUAUAAUCUUAGUACAGGUAAAGAUUAUUCUAUGUUAGAAAUGAUCAAAGCAUUAGAAAAAGCAUUGGGUAAAAUAAUUGCUUAUAAAGAAUGUCUUCGACAGCCAAGUGAUCUUGCAUCUGUUUAUGCUGAUUCUACUGUAUCUGCAAAAGAACUCAGAUGGAAAGUUCAACGAGGUUUAGAUGAUAUGGGUCGAUAUUUAUGGCGAUGGCAAUCGAAUAAUCCAAAUGAAUUUCAAUAG